UGUCAACACGACUUUCGUUAUCACUGAUAGGACAGUUUCGGUCGCGCCGCUCUCUGACCGCUCGUGUACUUUCCCUCGCCACCAUGGAACCGAAAAUCAGUCUCAAGGAUGACCCUGCGUAUCAAACUCUACAAAGUUUUUACUGCCUGAACCAUGAGAAAAUUAACAUUCAACAGCUAUUCCAACAAGACCCACAGCGGUUUGAAAAAUUCAGUCUCCGCCUGCCCACGCCCAAUGAUGGGGAGAUCCUGCUCGACUACUCCAAGAACCGAGUGGACAACGCUGUCAUGGCACUCCUCCUGAACCUGGCCCGCACCCGCGGCGUGGAGAAGGCUCGAGAUGCCAUGUUUGCAGGUGAAAAGAUCAACUUCACCGAAAACCGCGCCGUGCUUCACGUCGCGCUCCGCAACCGCAAGAACAGGCCCAUCCUGGUCGACGGGGCUGACGUCACGGCGGACGUCAACGCGGUGCUGGCGCAUAUGAAGGACUUCUCCGGACAAGUCGUCAGUGGACAAUGGAAGGGGUACACUGGCAAGGCGAUCACCGACGUGGUCAACAUUGGCAUUGGCGGCUCGGACCUCGGCCCCCUCAUGGUCACCGAAGCCCUGAAGCCUUACGCCAACCAUCUUAAGGUCCACUUCGUAUCCAACAUCGACGGUACUCACCUGGCCGAGGUGCUGAAGCGCCUGGACCCUGAGACGGCGCUAUUCAUCGUGGCCUCCAAGACUUUCACCACGCAGGAGACCAUCACCAACGCCACCUCCGCCAAGAACUGGUUCCUCGAAGCUGCCAAAGACCCGUCAGCGGUCGCCAAGCACUUCGUGGCCCUGUCCACGAACGGCGAGAAAGUGACCGCCUUCGGCAUUGACCCUAAAAACAUGUUCGGAUUCUGGGACUGGGUCGGAGGCAGAUACUCACUGUGGUCGGCGAUCGGUCUAUCCAUUUCCCUCUAUGUGGGCCACGACAACUUCGAGAAACUUCUGGAAGGAGCAAGCUACAUGGACGACCAUUUCUGCACCGCGCCUUUAGAUAAGAAUGCACCCGUAAUCCUAGCGCUGCUGGGUGUAUGGUACAGCAACUUCCACGGCGCCGAGACCCACGCCCUGCUGCCAUACGACCAGUAUUUACACAGAUUCGCGGCCUACUUCCAACAAGGCGACAUGGAGAGCAACGGAAAAUACGUAACACGGAGCGGACAACAAGUCAACUACUCCACUGGCCCCAUCGUGUGGGGGGAACCGGGGACAAAUGGACAGCACGCGUUUUACCAGCUCAUACAUCAAGGCACUAGGUUGAUCCCGUGCGACUUCAUCGCCCCGGCGCAGACCCACAACCCGGUCGCCGGCGGGCAGCACCACAAGAUCUUGCUGGCCAACUUCCUGGCCCAAACCGAGGCGCUCAUGAAGGGGAAGACAGCGGAAGAGGCUAAGGCAGAGUUAGAGAAGUCGGGCAUGGCCCCAGAGGCGGUGGCCAAGAUUCUCCCCCACAAAGUGUUCAAGGGCAACCGGCCCACCAACUCCAUCGUCGUGAAGAAAGUCACGCCCUUCGUGCUAGGAGCCCUAAUUGCCAUGUACGAACACAAGAUCUUCACCCAAGGCGUUAUUUGGGACAUCAACUCCUUUGACCAGUGGGGCGUGGAGCUCGGCAAGCAACUAGCCAAGGCCAUUGAACCAGAACUGGCCGACUCCAAGCCUGUGACGUCACAUGACGCUUCCACCAACGGGCUUAUCAACUUCUUGAAGCAGAACUUCGCCUAGAUG